UCCUCACAGCCGCCGGGCACCGCCUGCCCACACCCCUCCCGGGACAACCUCUGCACUGGCACAGCUACCCUCCCUCCCUCUGUUCUUCCUCCCUUCCUUGCACCAUGGAUGAUCAGCUGACUGAAGGACAGACUGCUGAGUUCAAGGAGGCUUUCUCCCUAUUUGACAAAGACGGCGGUGACCAUCACAACAACCGUCAUGAGUCACUGGGUCAGAGCCCAGCAAAAGCUGAAUUGCAGGAUAUGAUCGAUGAGGGGGAUGCUGAUGGUCAUGGCACCAUUGACUUCCCAGAACUUUUGCCUAUGACGGCUAGAAAAAUGAAAGAUACAGACAGUGAAGAAGAAAUCCGCCAGGCAUUCCAAGUCUUUGACAAGGAUGGCAACAGUUACAUCAGUGCAGCAGAGCUACGUCAUGGCGUGACCAAGUUAGGAGAAAAACUAACGGAUGAAGAAGAUGAAAUGAUCAGAGAACCAGGUAUUGAUGGAGAUGGACAAGUCAGCUAUGACGAAUUCAUACAGAUGAUGAUUGCCAAACGAAGACCUACUUUCAACUCCUUUUCCUCCUCUAGAAGAAUCGAAUUGAAUCUUGUACUUACCUCUUAAAAAAAAAAAAAAGUUCAUUUACUCAUUCUGUUUCUGUAUAGCAAAACUGAAUGUCAAAAGUGCCUUCGGUCCACACACACAAAAUCUGCAUGUAUUAGUUGGUGGUCCUGUGCCCUAAAGGUCAAGCUACACCUCAGUUUUAUGAUAUAAACACUUGUACUACCUUAAUGAUAAGGAAGCACCUAGCAGACUCCUUGCAGUUCCAUUUGCUCAUGAGUAAUACACUGUUUGGGCUGGCCAGGUUUUCAUGCAUGCAGCUUGACAACUGAGCACAGUCAGGCAUUUGUAUUAAAAAUAAAAACUGAAAAAA